AUGGUGGUUUGCAGUUCAUGUUUCUUGCCUGUGCGUGAGGCCUGGUCGGAGGGCACCGGGGACCCUUGCGUGGCCCUGCCGGUACAAGCAGAGCUGUGGCUGCUGCUGCUGCUGGCUGCAGUGGUCUUCGUCCUCUUGGCCGCCACAGCUUUCGAGGUCCUUUGGGCUCCGCUGGCGGUGGUGGAUGCGCACACGCUUGAAGGCGAAGGGCUGCUCGUGACGGUGCAAGGCCCCGUCUGCCACUUGCCGAAGCUCUUGGUGAACUACAUCCGCAGCGAGGUCUCCUACGACUUCCACGGCACCGGCUUCUCCUGGCUGGACUCCAAAAAAACCACUGGGAAAGUGAAGAGCUUAAGACGCUGCAAGCUGCAGCUGCCGCUGCAGCCCGAGCAGCCGCCCUACACCUGUGCGACCAGUAAAGGGUUCUUACGGGUCAACAGUGGCUACAAGAAGAUGCUCCUGCAGUUUUGGAUUCUACUUUGUUUGCUGCUCCUUGUUCCCACCGUCCUGGUGGUAGCAAGCCUCUCCAAGAACGGACCUUGGCAUGUGCUGGUGACGGAAGGCUACUUCGUCCUGCCGUUGGUGGUCUGUGCAGCUUUGCUGCACCCCGUGGUGGCCUGGCUGCUGCGGAGGCAGCGUACGCCGCUGCAGGAGGCGUGCCGGGAGUACCUCAGCGAGCUCAGCUCGUUCAGCCUAGCAACCAUUCCUGCUGCCGAAGACCAGGACCACCCCCGGAACCAAGGACUGUCCAUGCACGCUUUGCAGCAUUUCUGGGAACACUUCAAGCGCUUCGUUCUCGAGAGAAAUAUGCACUUUGUCGUGGCCAACAUCGUGGAGCCGCUCACGGAGAAGCGACAGACAUCUUUCGUAAGCCUCCUGCAGGGCAAGCCAGUGUCAUACUUUGUUUCGCACAGCUGGGCCACCCCUUUUCAGCACUUUGUCCAGUGCCUGCAGCGCCACACAGCCUUUACGGGCGCCUUGGAACCCACUUACUGGAUAUGCUCCUUCGCCAACAACCAGUGGGACAUUGCCAAGGAGAUCGGGACCGACGUCCUUGACAGCGCCUUUGCCAAGGUCCUCCAGUCCGGCGUGCAGGGCGUGGUCAUGGUAUUGGACCAGCAGGUCCAGCCCUUCACACGAGUUUGGUGUCUCUUUGAGCUCUUCCUCUCCAGCAAAAGGGCUCUGCAGGUCGUCUUCGCCACAGAUUGCGGCAUUUUGGGGGACGAGCUGUGCGACUCCGUCGGCGUAGCCCUGGAGUUGGGCCGGCGGAUCAGCUGCCUGCAGGUGGAGCGUUGCCAAGCUUCCUCUGAACUCGACAAGCAGCGAAUCUUUGCACACAUUCGAGGGGAGCUCGGUAGCCUCGAGCGCAUGGAUGGCAAAAUCAAGGAUAUGGUCAGGGACAUGCUUCGCAGAAACCUCCAGCAUGCGAGAACCUCCACAGCUACACUCCGCCAGCAGCUGGAGCAGUGA